AUGCAGGAGGUCACACGCCGGAAGAGGACCGCAUCGAGCAGGGAGAGCUCCCUAGCGCCCACUGGUACUCGGAUGCGGACCGGGAGCCCGGACGAAGCGGAGGUUGCGGCGGCGUCCGACCAAGAGGCCGCCUCCGUCAACAUUGAAGAAACGUCAGACGAGACCGAGUCCGACAAAGAGCCCACUUCUGAGGACGACCGGGGCAUCGACGACUCAACGCAGCCGGACGCUGAAAGACUGGAUCUGUACCGGCGGAUGGAAAUGGAGGAAGAGGCAGCUCGGGUCGCGGCAGACGAGACCCCAGACGAUGCGCUGGCGCCCAUGCGGAGGGAGAUGCAGAGGAGGCGGGCCCGGGAUGAAGCGCCACAGACCUCUGUGUUCUCAAUGGCGCACGAGGAUUUUGUGGCGGUGCCUGAGCCAGCGGUGCACUCCGACCCGCUGAUCGGCAACGAGGUCUUCAAGAAGGACGGGUUUCGGGUGCUGCGUGUGCGGGAGCACGGCACCAACAGCUUCCAUCAGGCCGGGUCGAACCCCAGGGGCCGCCUUCCCGGCCCAAAGUUCUUCAUGCAGCAGGAGGCGGCGCUCCUAAAUCACGAGGCGCAGGUGGUGCUGCACAAGUGGUCCGGGACGUUCAGGGAUGGGGUGAGAGUCCCUUGGCGCAGCUUCGCUUCGUACCCCGGGUGGGAGACGGCGCGAUCGCAUCUCGAGGGGCGGCACGGGUCGGUGACGGAGAUCAUCCAGAACGGGAAGCCCUGCAAGCCCUACCUCGACCUCGACGGCAAGGACGGGCUCCCCUUCAAGCGUCAGCCGGAGACCGGGGCGGAUGGGGAGGUCGUGGAGGGUGGGGAGAGGUACACGGGGGAGGAGGUCAUCCGGAUCAUCGAGAAGUGGGCCACUAUUGUGUUCAAGGAACAGUACGACCAUGAGCUGCAGCGGAGCAGCUUCGUCUGGAUUGAGAGCCCGGGUCAAAGCAAGUUCAGCCUCCACCUCACCAUCAACCAGCUGUCCCCCCGUCAGCUCGUCUUCGGCUCCAACACCGAAGGGGCUCUCCACUUUGCAAGGCGCCUCAAGAAGAGGCUGCUCCUUUGGGAUCUCGCAGUCGCGGCUCUCAUAGACCUGAACGUGUACACGAAGGACCGCGAGUGGCGGACCCCGGGGAGCGCCAAGAUCGAGAAGCCGGAGAGCGUCUUGUCGUGCAUCGAUCCGGCCCAUUCCUGGAAGGAUGCUCUGGUGACCUGGCUCAAGCCCCUCGAGUCCCGUGAGGAGGUCAAGCUGCCAUUCGAAGUGCCCGAAAGGCUCCACGAGAGGUUCCAAAACCCCCGAGUGAUGUCUGAACGGGGCACGGAGCGCAGCUCGAAGAACGAGGAGUUCGUCAAGGCCCGCAUGCUAGCGCUGCUCAGGGAGCGCUUGCACCCUAGCGCUUACGAGGAGGGCCCAGAUCGCUAUAAUUACAGCGAUCGCACAGAGCCGUGCUACACGGGUCGGAUCCACGAGAACCGUCAGAAUUUAACAUGUCACCUCAAUUCAAACGGCAAGAUCUAUGCUCUGUGUUUCAGCCAAAACACCGAGGGUGGGGACUCGGACGUCCCCUGUGUCAAGAGGGCGUACUGCCUGGGGGACCUGUUCGAGGACAACAUCUCGUACGAGACGGACGCCGUCAAGGUAGACAUGGAGCACCUUACGCGUGUCCCUGGUGCGUCGACCCCUGAGCUCGUGGCCGAAGUAGCAGCGGGGCGGAGGAUGCCGGACGAUCUGAUGAAGCUAAACACCGUCGCCAACGAGUGGAUCGAGGGCAGAUCCCCCCUGCUCGGCAUCCGGUCGGGCGUGAACACUGGCAAGACGGUGUUCUGCGGGGCGGUCGGGGACGAGCUCUGGCAAGCGAGCGGCCGCGCCCACACGUCGAUCAUGAUCACGUACCGAGUGGCCCAGGCUCAAGACCUCAAAGCGCGCUUUCCCCGCACCGCAAAUUACCUCGACCUGAAGGCGGACUACGAUCACAAGAACGUGUGGUUCCCGGAUCCGGACAACAAGCACAACCUCCUAACGGCCCUGCAGUCUCGGAAGGACUUUCCCGAAAUCGUGGUUCAGGUGGACAGUCUCCUUAACCUCCGGCGGGGCAGCAUUGGUGAAGUGGCCCCGUUCGAUCUCGUGAUCCUCGACGAGGUGGCGAGCAUCCUGGCGCACCUCUCCGCGGCGACUGUGAGGAACGGGAUGGAGACCAGUGAGCUGUUCCUGGAGAUUGUGCAGCGGGCGAAGCGCGUGUUGGCCAUGGAUGAUGGAUACGGGCAGCGGGAGCACGACUUCUUCCGCCUCGCAAACGUGCCUGGGAAGCUCGUCAUCAACACAAGAAGGGCAGCGGUGCCUUUGACGUUCCGUGUCGGUCAGGAUGAGAAGAAGUGGUUGGAUCGAAUCGUCGAGGAUCUUGCAGCUGGCAAGAACGUGGUCGUCGUCAGCAUGUCCGCGAAGGUCCUGAACCGCAUCCGGGACCGGGUCACGUCGGACCUCGCGCUUCGGCUCGCAGACGCGGACAUCCUCAUCCACAAGGCCUUGAGCGGGGGCGAAACUACGGCUCUCCUUAAGAACGUUGCAGAGAACUGGAAGGUUCGUCUGCUCAUGUACAGCCCCACCGUCGAGGCUGGCGUGAACUUUGACAUUCCUUGGUUCCAUACCAAGUUCCUCUACAUGUGCAAGAAGAGCACGACGGCUCGGGCGGCCUGGCAGGCGACGCUGCGGGUGCGAAAAACGGAGAGCGCGCUGAUCCACUGCUACGUCCAGUCGUCCAUCUCCGUGAUGCUCGACUGUGCGCAAGAGAUCCCGGCCACGCGACUCUGCACUCUGGAUCAGCAGGGAACGACGGCUAUGGCACCGCAUGCAUCGGACGCGGACGACGAGUCUACUUUGCAGGAUGCUGAUGGCGACCGCCUGGACCAGCAAGUGGCCGUCGAUUCUCCUCUCAACCAGGCGUCCGGUUUCCAGUCUGGCGUAGGGGCCUCCUCUGGCCAACAUUCUGAGCGACUCAAGGGAUUCUUUGGUCCCCCCCGGCGCGUGACCACGGCGGAGACGCUGCAGUUCCUGCAAGCCUGCAACGACGAAGUGACGGCUGCAUGGAAGCGGGCCGCGACAAGGACCGAGGACCCCGGCAAAGUUGUCCGGUUGAUUGAGGACGGCCCCCUCUUCCGGACGUUCGCGCAUACGGAAGCCGAGCGGCGGAAUUCGAACUGCUUCACGAGUUCCAGCUGCAAGUCUCGCGAGCCGGCCACGUGGUGGAGGUCGAGCAACCCGAAGAGCUUUCGAAAAAGAGUAAGAGGCGGAAAGGGCUAG